AUGAAGUUCUUUUUAGAACGCAAAGAGCCCAGUGUUCGGAUCCCGGAGUGGUUCUUCGAGCAGGACCACCAGUCCCAAAGCGAUGAAAGUGCUACAAUGGUUCACGAGUCGGAGAUCGCGAUUGCAGGAAAACUUCAGUCUGACCCAUGUGACGGCAACCUUAUCGCCGAAGUAAAGCGCCUUGUUCGUGAGGAUGGCCAUUGGCCGCCGGAAGACACGCAUUCGGCGCACGUUUCUGAAGCACGGGUCAUUGAGACAUUUCUUUACUACGAAGACCACCGUCAAGUCGUUGAACAAAGUGGGAUCCUGUUGAAGCGAUGCAGUGCGAAUUGGAGAGUACGGUGGUAUCUUGCACAAGCACAUUUCCGAGAGGGAGAAGUUCAAGAAGCACAGAAAAUCUUGGACAUUCUGGAUCAGAAGCCCCUCGACUUGAAGUUCCGCCAGAAACACCCCGAUGAGAUGGCAAACAUCUUACAGCUCCGUUGGCAGUCACUUGGGCGGAGCCCGGACAAUGAGGAGGACUUCAGGAAUGCCUGCAACAAACUUCUCCAUUACUUUCCGGAUCACUAUAUUACCAUUGAUGCGUUACUCAGCAGGAUGGAUGCAGAUGAGAAGCUUGAGUUAUAUAAGGAUCUCUCCAGGAGAUUCAAGCAGCCUAAGAGCCCUCCGAUUACAGUCAUGACUGGGCUCCUCCACAACCACGCCGAGCGCCUGGAAUUUCACCAAGAUCUAAUCGCGUGCUUCCGAAAGCGACCUGACAGCCUGAUCCGUAUCUACACACAGGCUACCGAGGCGGCAGAAGAUGGGCAUGCAAUAUGGUACAAAUUGCGUUUCUAUACUGCCCUGGCUCUGCAUUAUCAAGACCCGCAGAAAGAUAGAAAGCUACAGAUACGCAAAAGCAAAAGCAAAAGCAAAAGUCACCGCUUCAGGAGGUUCCUGAAGCCGGCGAUGCAAAAGCCGGAGCGGAAAAAAGCUAGAAGUCUGGAAAUGUGGGAGCAAGAUGUCGAGACCUUUUUGGGACUUCCACACAAGUUGCCAGAAGAGCCAGAGGACGACAACUGUGCCAAUAUCAUACGCACAGUCACAAGUUAUACAGCUGGAAUGCUCGCCUCAAGCUAUACCAGCAUGGCUCGGGGAGAACGAGCUUCCAUUCAGGAACAUGUCAGGCUCUUGGAACGAAUCAAGGAACGGAACGCGCCCAUGACGGCCUCAGGCCGUCCUAAUCAUUUUCUAGACCAUUCCCUUGCACGUCUUCACCACCUUGAUGUGUUCCACAUAAUGACUGGCAAGGUUGCUUGGUGUUAA